AGCCGUUUGAUUUAUCUGACAAACUUUCCACGUGGGAUUAUUGUCUUGAUCUUUGUUUUAUGACAAAAAUCUAGUAUUAAUGUCUUGGUCUUAUAACCCUCUCUCUCAUUAAUAUUCUCCUACAGCUUUACCCCACUUUCAUCACUUUUCAUUUUUUCACUUCCUUUGGUUUUUAUUUUCCACACACACACUCUUUCUCUCUUCUCUUCUCUCUCUCUUUCAUUAUUGAGUUUUUUUCUUAGGUAGAUUUGAACUGAAUCUAUCAACAAUGGCUUUGCAUUUUCUGCUUAUGCUUUUUGCAGUUUCUCUUGUUGCAGCUGAUGAUGCACCUUUUAUUGGAGUGAACAUUGGAACAAGUCUCUCGGAUAUGCCACACCCUACUCAAGUUGUGGCACUACUCAAAGCACAGAAAAUUCAAAACGUUCGAUUGUACGAUGCAGACCAAGCUAUGCUCGUUGCACUUGCAAAAACAGGCAUUCAAGUUGUUAUAACUGUCCCGAACGAACAAAUCUUAGCAAUUGGUCAAUCAAAUGCUUCGGCUGCCAAUUGGGUUUCUCGCAACGUGGUAGCACAUUAUCCAGCUACCAAUAUCACUGCCAUUUGUGUUGGUUCUGAGGUUUUAACCACAUUGCCUAAUGUGGCAAAAGUUCUUGUUAAUGCAAUUAAGUACAUUCAUUCAGCCCUAGUUGCAUCAAAUCUUGAUCGCCAAGUCAAAGUUUCGACACCCCUUCCUUCAUCCAUCAUCCUUGAUUCGUUUCCCCCCUCUCAAGCUUUCUUUAACCGAUCGCUGAAUUCGGUUUUAAUCCCAAUCCUUGAUUUCUUGCAAUCAACCGACUCUUACCUCAUGCUCAAUAUUUACCCUUACUAUGAUUACAUGCAAUCAAAUGGUGUGAUUCCAUUAGAUUAUGCACUCUUUAAACCUCUCCCUCCAAACAAAGAAGCUGUUGAUUCUAAUACACUUCUCCAUUACUCCAAUGUCUUUGAUGCCAUGGUCGACGCAGCAUACUUCGCCAUGGCUUUUCUUAACUACACCAACAUUCCUGUAGUAGUAACAGAAUCAGGAUGGCCCUCAAAAGGUGCCGCGAACGAGCCCGACGCAACAAUUGACAAUGCCAAUAAUUACAACAGCAAUUUGAUCAAGCAUGUUUUUAACAAAACUGGAACUCCAAAACAUCCGGGAAUUGCUGUUAGUACUUACAUCUAUGAACUCUACAACGAGGAUACGAAAUCAGGGCCAUUGUCGGAGAAAAACUGGGGAUUGUUUGAUGCAAAUGGUGUCCCUAUUUACAUAUUACACUUGGCAGGAUCAGGAGCGGUGUUGGCGAACGACACCAGCAAUCAAACUUUCUGCAUCGCAAAGGACGGUGCUGACCCAAAGAUGAUACAGGCUGCAUUAGAUUGGGCAUGCGGACCUGGAAAAGUGGAAUGCUCUUCAUUGCUGCAAGGGCAACCAUGUUAUGAACCAGACAAUGUGAUUGCACAUGCAAAUUAUGCUUUUGACAGUUACUAUAAUAAAAUGGGGAGGACUCCUGAUUCAUGUGACUUCAAGGGAGUUGCUACAAUUACCACCUCAGAUCCAAGUCAUGGUUCUUGUGUAUAUCCUGGAAGUCUUGGCAAAAAUAACACCUUUGGCAACUUCACAGCACCAUCAAUGAAUUCAAGUUCAGAUUCUUCAGCCUACAACAUCCACAGCUGUGAAUUGAGAAUUAGAAGCCUUCUAGUAGUGACAGGGUUUCUGAUACUGGGAGUGGUGUUGGUCUAGUAGGAUUAUAUGUCUAGAACACAUUUUAAUCAUUCAAAAAUUUUGUGGUGGUGAUAAUGUUACAGUUGGUAUUGGUUGUAGCAUUUUGUUGUUCGUUCAUUCAAUUUUGUACAAAAUCCAGCCAAGGGUUUGGACUGAAUGAGGCUCCAGCAAAAUCAUCAUUAUCAUUCUUUUCAGUUAGAGUUUAUUCAA